AAAGCAGCUUCGCUAAAAUGCGUCUAACUCUUUCCCGGUUGGCCAGCUUUACUCCAAAAUUGAAGGAGCUGCGGAUUAUAUUGGAUCCAAAAGGGGCGGCCUCCAAGGGAGCGAGGGAAUAUGUGGAAAGAUUCUAUCCGAAUCUAAAGAAAAACAAUCCCGAUCUUCCGAUCCUGGUGCGCGAAUGCUCUGGCGUUCAGCCGCGACUCUACGCCCGCUAUGGCAACGGCAAGGAGGUGUCCCUAUCUCUGGCCAACCAGGCUGCUCCCGACAUACACAAAAACCUGGAAGCAGUUGGGAAGUAGAACUUGAUAAACAAUUAUAGGCAACAAUAAAUACGCAUAUGCACAAAUACGUGUAUAUUAAGUAAC